UGAACAAUUUUAGAAUGAAACUGUUUGUCAACUCCUUUCAUUUCUAAUUGUUUUAUCACCCAACCUUUGACUUGAUCUUCUGUAAACUCAUGAAAUUUAGCCACCGUGUAAGAAAUUUUAGCUAAAUUCAUUUUGUCUACUAUUUUAUCAAUGUAAUCGUGAUUAAUCCUAUGAUUUAACAAAUUAUCAGUCUCUUGAAUAUUAAAAAUACAGACCACAAGUGCACCCACAUCUUGUGGUAUAUUUUUUAUAAAUAAAACUAAAUUAUCUGUAUCAUCUAAUGUUAAGUCAUCAAUUAUUAAUAAAUUAUGUCUAUUACGUUUAAUUGUACUAAAAAUUUGUUCGUUGUGUAAUGGGGUCCUUAAUUCGUAUGUAAAUGGAUUAAAGUGUUUUUUCAGAAUAUUCGCAGUGAAAGUUUUACCAACACCUGUACUUCCCAUAAAAAUAAUUACAUCCACAGACUGAUCAUUUUUCUGGAUCUUGUCCAAACUUUCUGUUAUUACACGAACUGAAUCACUCUGAUUGUAAACGCUGUUUCUGAGAUCAGCUUUGAGAGCUUCAAAGUCGACAGUCCCAUUUGUCACCAUAACUACAUCAUAGAUUAUUAAAGUUGAUAUUAAAAGAAUAAAAGUGGAAAUGUAGCCCGUGUGUGUUGAAGACCCGAGAGGUGUUUUAUCUUCAGUUUCUGGAGGUAGGGCUCUUCUAGAACCAGACCUUUUGACAGAGGUUUUGUCAUUGCGAUUUUUCAUUGGGGUUCAUAAGAAGAAACUUAAAAUAAAUUAAAUACCUUAUUUAAAUAUGACACAAAGAAUUGUGGUUCUUACGGUCUCACAAAGGAAAAUUUCUAAAAAUACUCUAACUAAAUGUGACAAUCAAAUUAUCAGCUGUUCGAAUUCUAAAAAUAUGAAAAGGUUGGUAGAAAGGUUGCUACAUUAUCGACUUUUCAAAAAGUGGCGGUCAAUAAAAGGGAGGUUAUGUUUAUACCAGUUGUGUGUAUUCUCUCUGUUCUGUGUGUGUCACAUUUGUGUUGUGCAUUUUAUGUUAAUUUUAUGUACUGAGCGUUCUAAAAUUAAUUUUUCUAAAUCACUAUGAAUUGUGAAGAUCAAGUGAUACAACCAAUAAAUCGUGAUACAGUUCAUCGAAUAUGUUCUGGCCAAGUGGUUUUAAGUUUAGCAAUCGCCGUGAAAGAAUUAGUUGAGAAUGCCAUUGACGCGGGGGCUACAAUUAUCGACAUUCAACUCAAAGAAUAUGGCUCUGAAAUCAUUGAAGUUUCAGACAAUGGGACCGGAGUUCUAAAGGAAAAUUUUCAAGCUCUCACUUUGAAACACUACACAUCAAAAAUAAAACAAUUUGAUGAUCUGGCAAACCUUUCAACUUUGGGGUUUAGGGGUGAGGCCCUUAGCAGCUUAUGUGCUCUGUCCGAUUUAACUAUUGUAACAAGACAUACCAGUGCAGAAAGCGCGACUAAGAUUACUUAUGACAGAAAUGGCAAAAUUAUCAGUGAAACACUGAGUGCGCGGGAAAAUGGCACAACAGUCACUUUGGAAAAUCUAUUUUCAACACUGCCAGUUAGGCGAAAGGAAUUCACUAAAAAUUUAAAACGAGAAUUUAAUAAAAUGUGUCAGCUGCUAUAUGCUUAUUGUUUAGUAUCUAAAGGUAUAAAAUUUUCAUGUACAAACACUACAAAUAAAGGUAGCAAAAACACAGUAGUGGCUACAGAGGGUUUAAACUCAGUUAAAGAUAACAUAAUUAAUGUUUUUGGGCCUAAACAACUUCCUUCGUUAAUUGAGGUUGAAAUGGUUAGACCUGAUGAGACAAUAUUGGCUGAAUACGGAGUCAAACUUGAUGAACAAGAUUGCUUACCUUUUACUUUUGAUUUCUUUAUAUCAUGUGUUAUGCACGGUAGUGGACGCAGCAGCAACGAUAGACAGUUUUUUUACAUUAACUCACGACCCUGUGACCCCACCAAAGUCGCAAAAGUAGUAAAUGAAGUUUAUAAACAGUACAAUAACGGUCAGUAUCCGUUUGUUUAUCUGAAUAUCAUAGGCAAAUCAUCUUUCAUUGACGUGAAUGUAACUCCAGAUAAGCGACAAAUAUUUUUAGAAAAAGAAAAGGUGUUGUUAAGCACAAUUAAAGCUUCUUUGAUUGAAGCUUUUAAAAAUUUUCCUUCCACAUACAAAGUGCAAAAUUUGGAUCUUACACAAAACACGACAAUCAAAGACUUUUUUAAAACCAGUGAUUGCUCAUCAAGAGGUUUGAAGAGAAGCCUCACUGAUGGUGGGCUUAAAAAAGGCAGCAUCUUAGAGCAAUUCAAAAAAAGAUCUAAAACCGAAGAUGAUACAAACUUUUUGACCAGCCCCAACAAUAGUCUUAGCAGUUUAAAAGGAGAGAGGAGAGUUGAUAAUAAUUCUAAACUAGAUACAUUUAUCAAAAUAGCUUCAGAAAUUGUUAAAAAUGACUGCAGUACUCAAAUAGCAACAAAUUUGCAUAAACUAGAAAAGGAAUCUGUCGAAUCUCUCAACCCUAGUGUUUGUAAUGAAGUCAAAACAGAUAUUAUUGAAGAAAUAAAGAUCGUAUGUGGUAGUACUACUACCGAUGCGGGUAAUGUCAAUACGAUUCCUAUAAGAGACAACGAAUACGAAUGUAAAAAAGAAACCGAAAAAACAUAUGACACUAGAAACCGGAAAUCAGAUGUUAUUGAAGAAAUAAAGAUAUGUACUAGUCCUACUAAAGAAGCGGAAAAUGCCAAUACGAUUCGUAAAACAACCAACCAAUAUGAAUGUAAGAAAGAAAUUGAAGAAAGAAAUCACACUAACAUCCGGAAAUCACCUCAACAAGAUAUUAAAAUCAAACCAAAGUAUGAUUCUGAAGAGGAAAAAUCAGGUAGAGAUUCAAAAAACGAAUCCAAGUUGUUGCAAGAUAGUAAAUCGGAAAACGUUGAAUUUUCACUAGAUUCACCUCUGAAAAGUCGUGAGACCCGCAAAAAAGUAAUUUUAAAUAUUUCUUUACAAGACAUUACAAAAUCAAUACAACAAAAUGUUAUAAAAGACGAUGAUGUCAAGGUACGUUUUCGUUCAAAAAUCAAUCCGGAGUCGAAUAAAUCUGCAGAAGAAGAACUGCGUAAGCAUAUCUCUAAGGAAGACUUUGCGAACAUGUCAGUAAUAGGACAGUUUAACCUUGGUUUUAUUAUCACUAAAUUAAAAAACGAUUUAUUUAUCAUUGACCAGCAUGCAACAGAUGAAAAAUAUAAUUUCGAGCAACUUCAAGCCAAUACUGUAAUGGAAAACCAAAUUCUUGUCAAUCCAAAGCCUCUGCAAUUGACCGCAGGAAACGAAAGUUUGCUCAUCGAAAAUGAGGAAAUUUUUAAGAAAAACGGAUUUACUUUUAAAAUUGACGAAUCAGCUCCAUGUACUCAAAAAGUCUCUUUAACUGCAAUACCUCUAAGCAAGAGUAUGGUGUUUGGUAAACAGGACAUUGAGGAAAUGCUUUUUAUGUUACAAGAUUCAAAUCACACAAUGUGUAGACCAUCUAGAAUUCGAGCAAUGUUCGCCUCUAGGGCUUGUCGCAAGUCUGUAAUGAUCGGAAAUGCGUUAUCUAAAAGCGACAUGAGGAGGCUUGUUAAUCACAUGGGUGAAAUUGAACAACCUUGGAAUUGUCCACAUGGACGACCCACAAUGCGUCAUUUAAUCAAUUUAGACCUGAUACAAGAUGAAUUAUAGAAUUUGUACAAAUCUUGUUGUAAUAAUAAAAUAUUUUAAACGCUAA